AUGGCCUCUGCAGCACCAUCCACCGGCUCGACCAAGGUCGAUGCCGUCGUCCAGAAGGCUACCGCCAGCGCCCCUGGCCAGCUCAGCGGUGUCCAGCUCUACUCCAGAUUCGCCCUCGCCGGUGCCGUCUGCUGCUCGAUAACACACGGUGCCCUCACCCCCGUCGAUGUCUUCGCGACCGAUGCGUCUGCCGCUCCCGCUGUCGCCGGUCGUUCAGGCAUUCAACCCCGGAACCCCGCCAGCUCUUCGAACUUCCACGCUAACGAGCACCAUGAAUACAGCGUCAAGACCCGUAUCCAGCUCGACCCUGCCACCUACAACCGAGGCAUGAUCGGUGGCUUCAAGCAGGUCAUCCAGAAUGAGGGUGCUGGCGCUCUGUUGACCGGCUUCGGUCCCACCGCUGCCGGUUACUUCCUGCAGGGUGCCUUCAAGUUCGGAGGUUACGAGUUCUUUAAGCAGCAGUCCAUCAACCUGCUCGGCUACGAGAACGCCUCCAACUACCGUACCGGUGUCUACCUGGCUUCUUCCGCCGCCGGCGAGUUCUUCGCCGACAUUGCCCUCUGCCCUCUCGAGGCCACCCGUAUCCGUCUCGUUUCCGAGCCCACAUACGCCAGCGGUCUGCUGAGCGGCUUCACCAAGAUGGCCCAGCAGGAGGGUAUCGGCGCUUUCUACGCCGGCUUCGGUCCCAUCCUGUUCAAGCAGAUCCCCUACACCAUGGCCAAGUUCGUGGUCUUCGAGAAGGUCUCCGAGGCUGCCUUCAGGGCCUUCCCCAAGAAGGACCUGUCCGACGGCGCCCAGACCGGUGUCAACCUGGGCUCCGGUCUGAUCGCCGGUUUCGCCGCCGCCAUCGUCUCCCAGCCCGCCGACACCAUGCUUUCCAAGAUCAACAAGACCAAGGGCCUGCCCGGUGAGGGAACCACCAGCCGUCUGAUCAAGAUCGGCAAGGAGCUUGGUCUCCGUGGAUCCUACACUGGUAUCGGUGCCCGUCUCUUCAUGGUCGGCACUCUGACUGCCUUCCAGUUCGCCAUCUACGGUGACUUGAAGAAGGCGCUUGGCGCAACCGGUGGCGUUGAAAUUGCCAAAUAA